AUGGCAACUGUCCGAAAAACUAGAAAACCCAAAACUAAUAGCUUUAUUUCCAUUUUGGAUCAGGUUCUCAAUAAAUAUAACCUAUUGGCCAAAUCAAACCCGCUUCAAUUACGUGCUCAUGCCAAUGAGCUUAGUACUAUGCUACCGGAUUGGAAGGCUCAUAAAAAUGUGAAAGAGGCUCUCCGUCAGCACUUAUUCAAAGAAAAUCAAAUAGGAGCUCUG